GUGCAACAACGCGUUGAACCUCAUCACCACGCACUAUGUCCACCACACAUGGCAUCUCCACAAGCACGAACACAACAACAACAGCAGCAGCAACAUCACAAGCAUGACCAGCAACAGCAACCACAACACAAGCACCAGCGACCACGCUUCGGGCGCUCGAGUCUUGGCCCUGCCAUCGUGGCCCUGCUCCUGCUGUUUCUGGCGACAGGGCCAGCGGCUUUGAUGCAGGUUCCUGCUGCUGCUGCUGCUGCCGCGGCGGCGCAGCAACACCAUGUGCUUGCCCAAAGCCCAAUUCUUAAGAAGGACACGCAAGCGCCGUGUUCGCCUGGGCAGUUUUGGAGCAUCGAUUUGCAAGCAUGCGCACCCGUCACAACGUGUGCGCCGGGCACGGAGUAUCAGCUUGCUCAGCCCACGGCGUCAUCAGACAGAACAUGUGCGCACGUGUCCACCUGCGGCUGGACGGAGAUUGAGCUGUCUCCACCCACACCGACAAGCGACCGCCUAUGCAUGGCGCUGGCCGCCAGCAGCGGGCCCAGGCCAUCGCCUGUCGCCAGCCCACCACCACCGCAGCAGCAGCAACAGCAGCAGCAGCAGCAGCAGCAGCAACAGCAACAGCAACAGCAACAACUGUCGAGCAGCAUGCACCUGGGCGACACGCGUCGCCAUGCUGGAGAAGCCUAUGUUGGCGGCGCUGCUUUUCAGGGCGGUGCUCAGAGCAACUCGCGCGAAUGGCUGCAAGCACUGGAAGAACACUCGCAACAGCGAAUGAGGCGCCAGGUUGGAGACAGCAGCACGCCCCUGCCAACGCCGGUGCCUUCCAGCACGCUGUUGGCGCCGUCGAGCUCCAGCACGGUGGUGCCCUUGCCAUCUUCGCUCUUGUCCGCAACCGUGUCUCCAACACCAACGCCGGCAGCGUCCAGCUUCUCCUUCGUACCUACGCCUUCGCCGUCGGCUUCCGCCACGCUGGCACCCUCGCCAUCCAUCUCCACCUCCAUUGCGGCACCGUCGACGUUGAUUGCAACACCAACCACAACGGUUGUUGCGCCGUCCCCGACACCAACGCCCACGUCGUCAGCGCUUGUGUCUACGCCGACGCCAACGCCAACGCCAGUGCUCUGCCCGGACGAGUUUUACCUGCUCGCCGGCUCCUGUGUUCCCUGCCGCGUUUGCAACGCCACGCAGUUUGAGGAGUCGCCAUGCGCUGACAACCAGAACCGCGUGUGUCGGCCCCUGCGCGUGUGUGGCCCAGAGGAGUACGAGCUGCAGCCACCGACACCAACCAGCAACCGCGAAUGCACAGACCUCGUGCAGCAGUGCCUUCCCAUCACGCCAAACUACAACUGGCUCAGCCUGCACGUGCUCCCCGAAGACAGCAACACCAUCUCCGCCCAGUUUCUGGCGUCGUUGGGGGCUGCUGUUGCUGGCGACAUGCUCAUCAGCAGCGAAGGGGCCGUCACGGCCACCCUCAACGCUUCCGGCACGUGGGAGAACCUCGACGCCUUCCCUUCCGUGUACGCUCGCCGAUUUGAUCUCAGCACCGCCGCCACCAACACCAGCGAGUGGUGCGUCCUCGGCGUGCCCGUGUCACCAGACCCAGGCCUGAGCCUGAGUGUCGGUCCAAACAGGAUUGGCAUCACGCUGCCACAGCAAACGCCAAUCCAGACCGCCUUUGCCAACUUUCCCGGUCUCGUUGACAACACCGCCAUUCUCAGCCAGCCGGAGAACGGAGGCGCGGCAACCUUCUUCAACGGUACCUGGUACACGUCGACAGAUCUCAGCAACCACCUCAUCCCAGGCGUUGGCUACGUCCUCUUUGCACAGCAACCAGCCACCCUUGUCCUAGCUUCCAACUCCAGCGACACCAGCGAUGAUCGCCGCCGCCGCCGCCGCGACCUGGGCUAUGGCAGCUCGGCUGCUGGUGCUCUGGGCGAGUUUGACAUUGGUGAUGCAGCUGCGUGGACAAGCCAGUCCCUGCACACCCUACCACAGUCGUCACAACAGCAGCACCAGCGACAGCAGCAGCCAGCUGUGCUGAGCACGGGCUCUGACGCGUGGCUGGUGAGCUCGAAGAAACACCCACAGCAGCAAGGCCGCGUGCACGCUGCUGCCGAUCAUCGACGUGCAACCACCACCGUCACCAUCUUUGCGCAAGUGUUUGAGGAUGGGAACCUCAUCAGCGCGCAUGGCUCCGCCCUCUCCGUGUGGCUGCUCGACCCUUUGAUGACGUCAGCGUCAUCCGCGACCUUCAUCAACGCAACCUACGUUGCGGAUGGGCCCGCCGGCCCCAUGUUCAUGAUCACGGCGGUCGUGCCAGCCCCUUCCACAGCAGCACCAGCACCAGCAGCAUCAGCAUCGCAGCAGCUGCAACAACAGCAGCAACAGCAGCUGCUGCUACAGUUUGCAGUGCUGGAUGCGGACACCCAGCGCGUGCUCGCUGUGGAGGACACGCUUUCGCUACCCAGCGACGCAGACGGGUCAGCAAUCACGCACGGACAUGCAUUCCGUCCAAUCCCGCUCUCCGUGUCUGCGCCCGCAUCAGCCACCGGCAACACCCCUCCCUCGCAGCACCAACAGCAACAACAACAACAACAACAACAACAACAACAACAACAACAACAACAACAACAACAACAACAACAACAACAACACACGUUUGGGGCGGAUGACUUCACAUCAACGGCAAUCGAUGCCCUGUCCAGCAUCCAACUUUCCCCAGACACUGUGCUCGCGACGACAUACGUACAGGUGCUGGACGAGUUUGGGCCCGUGACAGAUGAUGGGACGCAGCUGGCUGUCGUGUGCGGCGCUGUGCGUGUUGCUGUUGCCCUGCUUGCGGAUGGGCCUGCUGGACCCACAUUUCAGAUUCCCAUGAUAGCGCAGUCUCGUUUCGAGACACAUGCCCGCCACGGCUGUGAGUUCCGGUUUGAGGUGCAGCGCCCACACACGGCAUCGCCCACCGUCUCCACUGCAGGCGAUGGCGGCGAUGGUGUGUUGGAGUGCAUUCCAGCCACCUCAAUCGAUCUGCUCCACGGAUCAGGCGCCGCCUACCGCCCCGUACACUGCCGCGUCGCCUCGGAGACACCAGAAGAGGCUCUGACGCAGCCUGCGCGUGGUGACGGCGAGCACGCCGCCAUGCAGCUGCUGGGGUCGUCCGUUGCUGGCUCAAGAGCACCCCUGUUUGCGCAGUUUGCUGAUUCGCAUCAGCAGCAUCAGCAGCACAUGCAGCAGCACCAUCGUCGCCAUCGCCGCGAGGCGUCCAUGUGGACACCGCGCCCUGGCCUGCGCUAUGCAAUGAUCGUGCAUGCCACAGUGCGCUACAAGAGCGACCUCAGUUACGUGCAGCAGCUGGGAAGCCGGCUUGCGUGCGUGGACGCAGAUGGCGUCAUCAACGCCGCAGACCUGUCCAUCGGGCCAACAGGCGAGCCAUGGUUCCAGCUGGCGUGCGCAAGCAACCUGCCGUCCACCUCGGAUACCAUCAUGCUGCAGGUGUUUGACGCAAACAGCUCGACCACCGUACAGACGGCGCUGCCGCUUGCCUUUGCGGCUGAGACCGUGCUCGGCGCCAUUGAUGCCCCGCUCGUGCUGGACAUCGAGACUGUUUGCGGGCCGGGCGAGUUUGAGCUGCGGCCGCCCACCAACACCACAGACCGCGUGUGUCGGCGCGUUCGCGAGUGCAACGAGCUGCAGUACCAGCAGCAGGCACCCACCGCCACGUCCAACCGCAUUUGUGAGUACAUCACAAACUGUACCGUCAACCAGUACGAGCGCGUACCGCCGACCAACACCAGCGACCGCCAAUGCGGCACCAUCGCCGCGUACGUGCCACCACUCAUCCGCGUGACAGAGGCCAUCAACCUGCUCACGUUUGGCCUGCUUGGUCGCACGGAGGACAACGCAACCACCAUCGAGUACGGUGCUCCCGUUGCCUCCGCCCCAAACGCCGCAGGCAGCCUGACAGUUGGGCUUGGCCCCGUCACCGCAAGCGUGAGCACACGCCACACACCACAGCCCGCGGCCAGUGUCCGCAUCGUGCUUGCUGGCACGGGCGACGUGUGGCCGGACGACCCACGCGUGGAUGCGCGUGCACAGGUGUACGACGCCGCGGGCAACGCCCUCACGGCCUCGGCACAGGUCAUCUUGCGCGUGCUUCCGGGCCCUCAGCUGGCAGGCGCAGACCCGACAACCGUGGAGACCACCUGCACGACCACUGCCCGCUGUCGGCUGCGCACGACGCUCCCUUCAGCAUGGUUCACCGUGGGCGGCAACGCCACCGUGGAGGCUGCCUUGGCUGGGCCUGCGCCCGUGUUCCAGAGCAUCGGUGUGCUCAUGGUCCAGCCCAUCAUCACCUACUCGUACGACCGUGACGUCGUCGUUGGCAUUCCCAACAACAACCUGUUUGUGGGCUCCACGCUGACGGCGGUUGUGCGCGGCGAUGCGGGCGACUAUGCCGUGCGCUCCUUCCAGCUGACCUUCGAUGCCCCGCCCGGCCUGCGCAUUGAGGGCGUCACCUACGAUGGCGCGACGUGGGCCGCGACCGUGGAGACACAGGGCACCUCCCGCGCCACCAUCGUGGCCAACCCGGCCAACCCCGAUGAGCGCCCCUCGGACAUGGUCUUUGCGGACGAGGAGCUGUGUCGCGUGUCGCUGCGCAUUGACAACUCUGCGCUGGAGGGAAGCACGCUGCAGCUGACCACCACCAUCAACUUCCUCAGCAACGUCAAGGGGGAGAAGAUUCGCCCGCGAGACACCACCACCCCCGUUGUUGCCCAAGCCGCUGACCGCCGCGGCCUCCAUGUCGGCGCGGCACACCUCUUUGUCACGCCAAAUGUGCCCACGGGCAUCAUCGCCGCGGUCCCCAAUGCAGAGCUGCUCAACUUUGCCACCGUGAGCAACGCUGCCGUGACCAGCGCCAUGACCGUGUACCGCGUCACCGCCAACGGUGCCCUCACCGCCGUCACGUCUGGUGGGCUCACCUGCGUGUCCGCCAACACGGGCCGCGUCCGCGUGGCCGUGGACUGCAGCGCCGUGCGCCUGGACGGCACCGAAACGCUUGCCGGCCCAGCGUCCAUCUUCGUCGCCCUGUCGGAGCGCGGCCUGCUCCUGCGCGACAUGCCCACGGUCACGGUGUGGCAGCUCGAUGGCCAGCCGCGCAUUGAGGUCGCAGACCCGGUCCUCAACAGGGUGGACGGAUGGGCGCCUGACAGCAACCCAGACUGCCUCGGUCCCGUGUACCAGCACGCCGAGGUGACCGUGCUGGCCAACUUCACCGACGCCUCUGCGCUCCUGCUGGACGUUGACGUGAGCACGCGCGCUGCACCCCGCCUCACGGCCACAGACACACGCGUCGUUGCCUUUGAUCGGGGCAACGUUGUGGGCCAGAACACGGGCUUCACGUUUAUCCACGUGCUCUCUGCUGCUGGCGUGCGCCUUGGUGCUGCGCCCGUGCAGGUCAGCGAUGACAGCGUGGUGCCGGCCCGUCUGGACGUCACUGUUGUGGAGUCGAUUGCGCUUCAGGCGCGCUCUGGUGCGUUUGACCCCUUGGACACCAGCACCGCCGUUGCUGCCAUCCAGAACACGCUCACCAGCGAGUUCCAGCAGGCGCACGUGCGCGUGGACCUGCACCUGUCCGAUGACGCGCUCUACACGCUCUCACCCCAAGACUUUGAGCUACGCACCCUGAACCCGCUGGUGCUUGGCGUGGUUGGCGGGCCUUCGCAGGCAUCCACCGUGCAGGCCCUGGGCACCGGCGUGGGCCCCGUGCUGUACGUCAACUGGACCAGCCCAGCAACAUGUGACCGUGUGUUCUCCCUCGCCACGACAGCCAGCGUCAACGUCACCCUGCCCGCGCCACGGGAUGUGGCUGUCACACUCUCCGUGAACCGCAUCACCCCUGUUGGCGACGCCGCCAGUCUUCCCGGCGUUGGCAUUGCCACGCAGGCCACCGUGACCGUUGUCGUGGAGUACGUGGAUGAUAGCACGCAGGACCUCUCCCUGGAUGACCGCCUCGUCGUUGUUGCGCAGGAUCCAAGUGCCCUGACUGUCACACGUGGCCCCGGCAGCAGCCGGUUUGCCGUGGCAGCCACCAACCGCUCUGGCACCUUCCAGCUGCUCGUCUCGUUCCAGCACCUGUCCAUCACGCAGACGGCCAGCAUCGACGUUGCGCUCGCGGACACGCUCACCCUCACCACGGCGCCCUACCCGGCAUACCCUGGUUCCAGUGCGCUGUCUGCGACGACGCUGAGCCUCAUUGGCGGGACGGGCACGUUCCAGCAGGCGCAGCUCACAGCGAGGCUGUCCCUGCUGAACGGGCCCACCUUCGACGUGACCACGGCGCCCGCCAUCCGCUACAGCGCACUUGCACCAAACUCAACCACAGAGCCGGCCACGAACAUCACCGUGUCGCCCGCGGGGCGCAUUUCACCGACAGCGGCAACAACCGCAGACAUUGCGGCCUCCUUCCAGGACAUUGCUGCCAGCAAGGUGCGCGUGCUUGUGUCGAGCACGCCUGUGCUCAUUGCAGAGUUUAUCAACGUGGACGUGCCGUAUUUCCUUGUUGGGAUGCGUGGCGUGGGGUCCACCCAGGUGCGCUUCGGUGUGCGCCUCUCCGACGAUCGGCAGCUGCCCGCGUCCUUCCUCUUCCCGAACAACAACAUGUUCCGCUUCUCCGCCGCCUUUGCCACGUUUUCCCUCGACACCAUCGCUGCCUCCGUGUCGGAGGGCGGCCGCGUGCUCCUGCACGACAACCUCCCCGAGGAAGCAACGCUGACCAUCGCUGCUGCGCACAACGCCACACUCGCCGUGAGCAGGCCCUUCACGUGCAACUUGAAUCCGGAGUUUGGCGACAUGGACGCCGGCGAGACACAGGGCGUGCCUUUGCCGCCCACCGUCCCCGGCGCAACCGUCGCCAUCCCUGUCCGAAUCAACACUGGCAGUGCAUCUGUGCAGGCCAUCAAGCUCUCGCUGCAGUACGACCCAGCCCACCUCGACUUUGUCAGCGCUGUGGCUGGUGCAGAUUGGCCUGGUGGUGCGUUCCUCUUCACUGCAAACGACCCACCCGGCAUUGUGGAUGUGGGCGGCGUUGCCACACCCUUCACCGGGUCGGCUGCCGAGAUUGCAGUCGUCACGCUGCGAGUGCUGGAGGCGGCGCGUGACAUGCGCGUGCCGCUGCUGGGUGAGGUGGUGGAGCUCUCCGACGACAACAACGACCCCGUUGGUCCGUUCCGCGGCGUGCCCUCUGUUGCGGCCGACCUGGAAGUGAUCGUGGGCCAGGCGCGCAGGCGCAGGUCGGAAGAUGGCGCCGGCAUGUCGGCAGCCAUCAUCGACGCCGCACCCACGCUCACCCGCCUUCGCCGCCGCACACGCACCAACCCACUUGGCGACGCCAACGCGGACGGUGUGUUCAGCCUGGCCGAUGCCUCGUUUGCACAGCAGUACCUCACCCGCCUCAUCUUCGACCCCACAUACGGCAGCGACUUCACGCAGGAGCAGCUCGACGCCCUGGACAUUGACCACAACAACGACCGCAACCCAGACGACGUGUUCUACCUUGCAAGCGUUGACUUCCGCAACUACCGCUUCUUCAACAACAUCUCCAUCACGCCCGUCUCCAACAACACUGGGUGCCACGUCACCUUGCAGACGCGCGUGUUUGAGGGCGGCGACGUCCCAGCCAACGGCAACAACACGUUCGUCUUCUUCGACCUGGAGUCUGCCAACACAGCGUUUGCUGGCUUUGUGAACAACACCAUCCUGCUGCAGGGGCAGCUGGAAACCAGAAACAAGGGGCCCGGCCUCAACGGCGCUCUCCUUCGCGCUGAAUUCGUGGGCAACGGCACCUUCCUCAUUGAGGCGUCUGUGCCGUCUGCAUUUGACAACAUUGGUGUGUCCCUUCUCAUCGCCACCACAGACGCGACAGACCAAGGCAGCAACGCUCGCACCACCCGCAUCCUCGGCGGCAGCGUUGACCCACCCUUCCUCUACACGGGCACCGUGUCCUUCACCUUGAACGUCAACCCCCAGACCAGUGUUCCAAUCCGCCUCUCGGGCGGCUAUGAUCCGCUCGACACGUUCGACAACAUGCUCGGGUCAGAGAACUGCCACCGCUCCUUUCCUUGCGAUAUGGACGAGUACGUUGUCGUGCCAGCCACGCCAACCUCCGCAGCCACGUGCGCAGCAUGCCGCGUGUGCAAUGCCACGGAGUACGAGACUGUGGAGUGUACCAUGGACACCAACAGGGAAUGCGCAGCCUGUGACGUGUGCAUCGGUGACACAUACCAGGCCCAAGCCUGCACACCACACUCCAACACGCUUUGUCUUCCUUGUGGCAACUGCACUUCGUCGCAAUACAUCGUGGCAGAGUGCACGGACACCACCCCUACCGUUUGCGGUGAUUGUGGCGCCUGCAACCCUGAUGAAUAUGUCAGCGCAAACUGCACAGAGUUUGCACCCACCAUGUGCAUGGACUGUGACACGUGCGACCCAGGGCAGUACAUCCAGCAUCCGUGCACAACCUACUUCAACACGGACUGCGAGGACUGCCGCGUGUGCAAUGCAACCACAGAAUACGAAGUCAGCCCGUGCCUGCUCACGCAGAACCGCGAAUGCGAGCUCUGCGACAUCUGCGGCGACGAGCAGUACGAGACAACCCCGUGCGGUGCCUUUUCCAACCGCGAGUGCGCCAACUGCUCAGUGUGCCUGAUGGGGCAAUAUGAGAACAGGUUCUGCGACAACUGCAGCCCUUGUGGUUCCGGACAGUACAUCCUUGUGCCGUGUCAGGACACCAUGGAUACCAUUUGCGACGACUGCGAUACGUGCGACCCAGGCUUUUUCAUUGAGAGAAACUGCACAGAGGACGCCAACACCAAAUGUGCGCGUUGCGGAACCUGCCCGACAGAAACAUACAUCUCCUCCCCGUGCACCAUGUUCAAGAACACCACGUGCUCUGCAUGCAGGGUGUGCGAGGACGACGAAUACCAGGACCGCGAUUGCGAAAACGGCCUGAACCGCAUCUGCAAGGAGAUCCGAAACUGCCAGGCGGACGAGAUUGAGGUCGCGCCUCCAACGCCGACCUCGGACAGAGUCUGUGUCAAGGUCGUGCCAGGUGCGCUGCCGCCGGUUGAGUUCCUGCCCACGCUUGGGCUGGGGUUCUACCUGAACAACACAUACGCGGUAUCAAACCAGGUGAGCCAGCGCGCCAUCGGCGAGUUCUGGGACGGCAGCACGGGCCAGUCAGGCACAGUGCGGGUGCAGCUGGCAGACACAACGGCCAGCGCCACGUACAUGCAGGACCGUCUGCCAGCGGUGACGGUGUCCGGGGUGAUCGCAGACCGCGUGGUGUGGUACGACGACCGCACGGUGCACUGCCGCGUGCAGGUGCGGGACAGGCGGUUUGACGCGCACACGGAGAGCGCGCGGGUUGACCUUGAGGCGACGCCUGUCGGGUUCAGCGGGACGGCUGUGACGGCGUCAUGCGCCACAGCAACGACGGGGCAGUGCACGAUUGACCUGAGCGUGCCGCUGUCGUGGUUUGGGGUUGUGGGGCAGGACGGUGACCGCACGGUGUCGCUUGCGUACGGGAUCCGCGGGAGCGGGAGCACGGUGGAUGCAGGCACGGUGACGCUGCGGCCGGCGCCGGAGGUGACGGUGUCGCGCGACGUUGUUGCUGUUGUGCCGCACCGCGACCUGUACCGGGGCGACCGGUUCACGGUGCCCGUGCAAGCAAACGCAGAGUACUACAUCAACACGUGGCAGCUGCGCAUUGACACGACGGCUGGGGAGGUUGAGAUUGAGUCGAUUGUGUAUGACGAGGACGUGUGGACGGCGUCUGUGCUGAUUGAUGACGACAAGACGGCGGCGUCGAUCAACGGCGGGCCGGCAGACACGCUGUCGCGGCCGACGGGCCCGUCGCCGGGAGCGGAGGCGCUGUGCACGGUGAACCUGCGGGUGACUGGGGACGCGCCGCUGAGCCAGGCGAGCAUGGUGCUUGUGACGGUGCUGUCGCUGUUUGACAGCAAGGGCCAGCAGCCGCUGCUGACGCCGACGGCGGCGACGACGGUUGACCGCGAUGGCACGCGGCGCGGUGCUGGCGCUGUGUACAUUGUCGAGGACAGCGUGAUGGGGGUGUUUGCGUGGGCCGGACAGGGCAGCCUUGUGAACACGGUGCCGCUGAACGGCGUUGGGAUCACGAGCGUGGUGAGCGUGUGCGCGGUGCUCAAGUCGAGCGGCGGGUGCCCGGCGCUGACGAGCGGGCUGACGUGCGUGAGCGACGAGCCGGGCGCCGUUGCCGUUGGCGGCGGGUGCGCGCGGCUGGAGCUGAGCAGCAGCACGGACAUGGGCUCUGCGCAGGUGAACGUGAGCGUGAGCCACGGCACGAGCGGGCACUCGACGCUGUUUGCGGUGCGGGUGUGGUACCCGGAGAGCGUGAUGCUGACUGUGGACGAUGACCGGCUGAGCCGCGUGGCUGGGUGGCGCGAUUCCUCUGCGGGCUGCAUGGACCGCUUCCAGAGCUCGCGCGUGCGCGCGCGGGGUGUGUUUGUGAGCGGCGCGGAUCGGUUUGAGGCCGUGGUUGACGAGCAGGUGUCUGGGUACCUUGAGAGCAACGACAGCGGUGUGAUGACGGUGGCUGGGCUCGAGGUGCAGGGCGUGUCGGCAGGAACUGCGAGCGUGCGGCUGCAGACUGAUGCUGGCGUGAGCGUGCUUGUGCAGGUUGCUGAUGAGACGGUCUCUGUGCAGCGGCUGCAGGCGCACGUUGUUGGCGACGUGCUGCUGAGCGGAGUGCCGUCGAGCGUUGAGCUUGGGGACGAGGUGGCGGCUGUUGCGAUGGUGCAGCAGCGGCUGACGCAGGAGUUUGAGCGCGCGGACGUGUACACGGAGGCUGUGCUGUCUGAUGGCACGCGGCUUGGCGUGACGGAGGCAAUGGGCCUUGUGCUUGGGAGCCGGGAUCCCGUUGUUGUGCGCAUUGUGAACGAGACGAUGCGGGCAGCGGACGAGGACAUUGAGGCAGUUGGGACGGGCCAGGGCCUGCUGCUUGAGGCGACGUGGUACGACGAGAGCGGGUGCAACGGCACGGCGCCUGUGAUUGGGGCCGGGCUUGGGCAGGUUGACAUCGUGCUGCCGCUGCCUGAGCGAGUGAUUGUCGACCUGAGCUCGUCAAGCAUGACGUACGCCGAGGACGCUGCGGCCAGCAUUCCGGGGGGCCCGCCGUUGUCUGUGAGCGUGCGCGUGUACUUUGAGUUUGCGGACGGGCGGCGACAGGAGAUGACGACCGACGGCCGCACGAUGUACGACGGCGUGAGCGCGGACGUUUCUGAUGUGUUCCGAGUUGUGCGUGGGGAGAGCGCUGUGCGGCUUGUGCCGACGGGGAACGUGGGCACGGGACAGCUGCGGGUGAACUUCACGCACGUGAACGUGACGGGAAGCGCGAGCGUGGAGGUUGUUGUUGCGACUGGGCUUGAGAUUACGCCGCGGCCGUUCCCGACGUACAGCGGGUCUGGGAGCGUUGUUGAGACUGAGCUGAGCCCGAUCGCCGGAUCUGGGGUGUACCAGAGGGCGGUGUUUGACGCUGUGAUUACGAUCAGCGACGGGCGGCAGUACGGCGUUGCGACUGCUGGAGCGAUGGCGUACGAGCUGAGCCGGCCUGACGUGCUGGCGGUGGUUGGCACGAACCGCGUGCAGCGGGUGGGGACGGCGACGGGGCCUGCCUCUGUUGUUGUGCGGGGCGUGUUUGGGUCGACGUUUGCUGGGCAGAGCAACGUGACGAGCGCCGGCGUUGAGAUGCGGCUGAGCAACGAGACGCUGAGCGUGGUGAGCGUGGACGGGCUGAGCUUUGUGUCGACGCUGAGCGGACAGGCGGGCGUGAGCCGGUCGCAGGCGGUGUGCGGGAUAACGCUGUCUGACGGGACGCGGUGGACGAGCGGGGCGCUGUUUCCGUCUGGGACGCUUGCGCUGAGCAACGUGCUGAUGUUUGAGACGAGCGAGGUGCUUGCUGCGAGCGUGAACGGGGCGUCUGGGCUUGUGCAGCUUGAGGGCAAUUGGUACGAGCAGGUGACGCUGACGGCGCGUGCAGUGGACACGGGCGCGAGCGCAUCGCGGAUGUUUGCGUGCAACCUCUCGCCUGUGACUGGGGACAUUGACCUUGGGUCGGCGACUGGAGUCCCUGUGCCUGCUGUGAGCGUUGGGGCGCGGUUCAGCCUGAGCGUGCGUGUUGCGCUUGGGUCGCGGGAGCUUGCGUCGAUGGACGUGACUGUUGAGUAUGACGCGGGCCUGCUGCGUGCCGUGGGUGUUGAGACGGGCAGCGGAUGGCCUGGUGGCCCGUUUACGGGGAACCUGGACACGCCUGGGAUGGCGCGGUUUGGCGGGGCAAGCGAUCCUGUGAGCGGGACGCGCGAGCUUGCUGUUGUUGAGUUUGAGGUACUUGGCGAUGGGCUUGCGUCGCUGGGCGGGUUUGUGACGACGGUGAGCGAUGCGGACGGGGCUGCGAUUAUCCCUGACGGCACUGAGUUUGUUGCUGGCGCUGUUGAGGUGCUGACUGGCAGCGGGCCCGGGCGACGUCGGCGUGAUAUCGCUGCCUCAGCCAGCGCUGACGGCACUACCGUCACUGCAGCGCUGCUGAGUGGACGAGAGUGGGUGCAGGCCGCACGGGAGCGACGCAGCGAGCGACGCCGUGAGCAGCAGGCUGUGCGGGUGCGACGCGCAGACUCGUGCACGCCCAAGCCGUGCCUGACAUGCGACCCUGUGCGGCAGACGGGCGACACGGACGGUGACUGCCUGUUUGAUGUGCGGGACGUGAGCUUUGCGCGCAUGUACCUGAACUGGGUUGCGCUUGAGGACACUGCGCAGCUUGCGCAGGUGACGGAGCCGCAGCUGGUCAACCUGGACGCGGACCAGAACGAUGCCGUGAACACGCAGGACGUGGACUUCCUGCUGAAGGUUAACUUUGGGCUGUACCACUUCUUUGCCAACCUGAGCGUGGAGAGUGUCGGGGAGUCUCUGGACGCGUGCGAGCUGAGCAUCAGCUUGCGGCUGAUUGCUGGCGGCGCUGGUGCUGGCGACUCACCGGCAAACACGAACCAGACGUUCCUGUACUUUGACAUUGAGAGCGAGGACGCGUCGCUUGCACCUGCGUUUGCGAGCAGCGUUGUUGUUGUUGGCAGCGCUGUUGCUGGGCUGAACAAGGGUGCCGGGUACAACGGCGGGCUGUGGCGCGCUGCGCCGCUUGGUGACGAGGGGUACUUUGGCGUGCGUGUUGCCACGGGGAUCUCGCUGGAGAACAUUGGGCUGUCGCUGAUCCAGGGCACGGUGUCACCGUCUGGGGUUGGUGCGAAUGCGCGCACGACGCCGAUUCUCGGGGGCAGCCCGGACCCUGCCAAGUUCCGGUUCACGAGCCCGCUUCGGUUUGACCUUGUUGUGAACGCGCAGACGACGAUUGAGUUUGUUGCUGGCGCUGGGUACGACCCCUUCACGGCCUUCAACAACACCCUCAGCAGCCUGCAGUGCCAGGCCGCAAAGGGGUGCCCUGUUGGCUUCCGUCUCGUGGAGAAUGCAACACUCACAUCACCCCCGGUGUGUGAGCCCAUUCCGGUUGUGACCUACUCGCACCCACCCACGUUUUCCCUCCUGCCACCGUUUUCGCCAUCGCUGUUUGCCACGGCGGAUGACCCGACACGCGGUCAGACCCAGCUUGGAGACGUGUCGACCGUGUUCACCAGCCCCCGUUUCUCUGCUGCUUCCAUUUCCGACGUGGACGUGUUUGUGACGCCACAAGUGCUUCAAACCGACAACCCAACGCUGACUGUGCUUGCUCAGGGCCGUGAUGCUGCUGGCUCGUCGUUCUUCGUUGAUGGAGACGUUGUCGUCGUGCUGCGUGAUCGCGCGAGUGGUCAGGAAGUGGUGGAUCAGUGCACGGCUGGGGUUGAUGGCACGUGCGCCCUGACUGCGACCGUGCCUCAAACCUGGCUUGACGCUGCACCGGGCACAAUUGACGUGCUUGCGUAUGCGGGUGGCAGCCCUGGGUCGGCGCGAGUGUUUGCGAGCGUCGACGUUGCAGCUGGACCAUCACCGCUGCAGUCACGUGCAGUGACGGCUGUGCUCCCCCGGCAGACGCUGUAUCCGGGCACGGUGUACGAGGCGGAGGUUUACGCCAACUUCGCCCGCAGCAUCGCCGCGUUCUCGCUGACCGUGAAUGUGACACAGAGCCUUGUGGUUGAGCGCCUGCGGGUUGAUGAGCAGUACUGGAACGCCGUGUCUGACGUGUUCUCGCCGACAACGGCGGCCAUCAACGCGAUUGUGUCGGAUGACAGCAACCUGGACACUGGCGAGCAGUUGUUAUGCAAGAUCGAGUUUGUAGUGAACGAAACAGUCACGGCAGACAUGGGCUCCAUGUCCGUUGUUGUGGAGGAGCUUGCAGAUGAGUUUAGCAACCGCCUUUCGCUGCGGGGAACAUUCGACCCAACAUUUGCGUACUACGAGACGCGUGACGGCACGCAGUCCGGUCCGCGCGGGUCUGUGUACAUUGGUGACGAUGUGGUGGUCGGCGUAUUUGCCACGCUUCAAUCGAGUGCGUUCAACACGGCGUCGCUUGGGCUGGGCGCAACGGUUGUGCCUGUCCAGCUGAAUGCGCUGACCCGAUCUGGGCAGGUGUUGACUGGCGCCCAAGUGUCUGCAGCAGACGCGGCAGCCUGCUCCGUUGUGCCGGCGAGCGCGGGCACCCUGAGCGGAGACUGCACGCAACUGGUGCUGAACGCGACGCAGAGCGUGCCGGGCCAGACGAUGCGAGUUUCCUUUGGCGCAGCGAGUUCGGGGGCGCAGGCCACCAACUACACGCUUGAGGCGGUGAUUGCUGACCAGCUAUCAGUUGUGCUCGAUGACGCUGAGCUGAAUGCGGUGGCUUCCCCCGCGGAUUGCCCCACAGCCGUGUACCAGGGCAGCCGUGUCCGCGUGACGGCCGUGAUUGAGCGUGCAGACAUGACGAGCAUUGGCGUAGAUGUGACGCAGCGUGUGCUGCCAUUCCUGCGCGUGCGUGACAGCGACGUUGCGACGCUAAACACCACGCUGGACGGCACGCUGUAUGUUGUCGGCACUGCGCCUGGCACGACGUUUGUGGACGUGCUGUUCCUUGGCGGCGACGUUGCAGCAACUGCUGCCGUCAACGUCAGUAGCACCCCUGUGGGCAUUGAACGCAUUGGCGUGGAGAUGGUCACUGGGCUUGGAGCGGAAACGGCGCUGACAGCAUCCCCGUAUGGCUUUGCCGUGAACGUGACCAAGGUGGCGCAACUUGAGUUUGAGGGCGAUGUUGCAGCAUUCAAGGCCAGCGUGCUGUACGCUGACGGCCUGCGGGAGGAUCUGGACCACCGCGCACGCGGCGUCGUGCUGGCCUUCAACAGCACGGAUGUGCUGCAGGUUGAUGGCACGGCAGCAGCAGGUGGCGGGCCUGCUCUCUCUGCUUUGGCUGUUGGCAGCGGCGUUGUUGCGGUGAACGUGACCUGGACACCACCCAACUGCACGCAGGCGCUGGCUGUUGGGAUGCAGGAUGUUGUUGUUGCGUUGCAGCAGCCUGUGCGGGUGAUUGUGGGCGUGUCAGCGAACGUGCUGACCCCUGCCUCGGAUCCAGCCGCGUGUGCUGGUGUGGCGACGAGGACAUCGCUAGUGGUGCAGCUUGAGUACGCUGACGGGCAUCGCGUUGACGCAACAGCCGAUCCGCGGACCGUGGUGGAUGUGGAUGACGCGGUGCUUGACGCCGAGGACAGGCUGUCGCUUGCACCAGACGCUCUCCCGGGCGCGAUUGAGGUUGUUGCAAACGCGACGGCGACCGCCGGUGCUGCUGGCGUGCGUGUGUCGUUUACCCACUUGCCGCUGGCGGAGACUGUGAGUGUGGCGGUUGUACGUGCGGAGCAGCUCUCGGUGUUGCUGCACCCUUACCCGGCGUUUGCUGGCUCGACCAAUGUGGACGCCAGUCCCCUCAACCCGAUUGCAGACACGUCCGUGUACCAGCAGGCGCUUGCGUCUGUGGUUCUCGUGGUGUCGUCGCCUGUUGGCCAAGUUGAUGUCUCGGACACGGCUGUGGUAGAGGCUGCAAACAGCAGCGUGUCGGUUGUUGCCGGCUCGCGCAUGGUGACUGUUGAGGAUCCGGCGGCGCCCAGCGGGCUCGUGCGCGCGACGCUGUGCUCCAUCAGCAACACGACGCAGAUUGGCAUCAGCCAAACGCCGGUGUUUGUGCGGGACAUUGAUGAAGUGUCGUUCCCCGACACGUUUGAGGGCGAGCGAGGCUCGCAGGGGCAGGUGACCACGGGUGUGCUGCUUGAUGAUGGCACACGUCUGCCUGCGGAUGUGCUUACGCCGCGCCUGCGCACGAACUUGCCUCUUCUUCAGUUCACACUGUCUGCGGUGAACAACGGCGGCAGGAAUGGCCCGGCGCUUGUCGUGGACAAUGCGACCGGUGUAGUGACGCUGCUUGGCAACAGUGCAGGCUACGUGGAGCUGGUGGUGCAGUCGAGACUCAACCCCAACGUGACGCGCAGCAUCGUGAUGGCUGCCAACCUGCUGCCGGCUGUGGGUGACAUUGACAUUGGAAGCAGCACAGGUCCAGCUGAUGGUGGCCCGCACCGGGUUGGCGACGAAUUCACGCUUGCCGUGCGUGUGAACACGGGCACGUACACCGUGGCCGCGGUUGACGUGACGCUGCAGUACAACGCCAGCGUCGUGGAGGCUGUGCGCGUGGAGCGAGGGCCGGACUGGAUUGGUGGGACGUUCAUCGCGACACUCAACGACCCCGUCGGCGAGAUUGCGUUUGGCGGCAUUGCAUCUGGCAUCCGCGGCAUGGACACAAUUGCGCUGGUGACGCUGCGCGUGCUUGAUGCCGUUUCUGACCCCAUGAUCACGGUGAUGAGCGGAACCAUCAACACGCUGGCCACGGCAAACCAGGACCCUGUUGGCGAUGACACGCCUCGGCCAAUGGUGGCUGGAGACAUUCCCAUUCGCGUGCAGCCCGUGUCGCGUCGCCGUCGCAGCGACAGCAGUGGCAGUACCGGCGCGAUGCUGACACACGCAGCAGCAGCAGCAACAGCAUCGUCAUCGUCAUCAUCAGCACCACCAGAGGCUGUUGCUGCUGCUGCGCGCGUGCGUCGGGCCAUGUGCUCAGAGUACGUGCGUGGUGACACCAACCUGGACUGCGCGUUUGACCUGAACGACGUGACGUUCCUGCAGUCAUACCUGCUCAGCUUGCACAGCCCGAGCGGGCCGUUGAGUGUGACGCCAGAGCAGCUGGAGGAGCUGGAUGCAGACAACUCUGGCACGCCAGACACGUUGGACGCGCUGUUCCUGCUGCGCACCAACUUCAGACAGCUUCGCUUUGUCAGCACACCACGCCUGUCGCGCCGCCCCGCCAUGGGCCCCACGGGCGCAUGCACGUACCGGCUUGUCGUGGAUGUGUACACCAAGUCUGGACCUGCGCCUCCGGAGCAGACGGACGUGUUUGUUGACUUUGAGAGCUUGGGCAUGGACUUGGGCGCUCUUGUGUCCAACCUGUCCUUCUCGCAAGGAUCCCUUGAUCAGCUGAAGCCGAGCCCAUUCGACGGCUUCCUGGCGCGUGCGCAGCCGUCUGCUGCCAACAGCGGCGUGUGGGAGCUGGAGUUCACCACCCGUGAGGUGCUUGGCAACCUGACGCUGACGCUGAUUCAGGCGACCACAGAUGCGCUUGGCAACACAUCGCCGUCACGCUCGCUCGUGCUGACAGGAGAUCGGGUUUCACCGUUCACAUACCCGAACAGCCUGGUGAUGAACGUGACACACGGUGCUGGCGGUGUCGCACAGAGCACGGUGCGGUUUGGCCCCUCUGGGUACAACCCUCUUGUGGAAACGAGCGUCUUCGAUGGGCCAUGCUCACCUAUUCUCAUCACCACAACUACCACUACCACCACCACUACGACUACGACGACAACAACCACCACAACAACAACAACAACCACCACCACCACUACGACUGCAACAACGACGACAAGCACGAGCACCACGACGACGAGCAGGAGGCCGCCAAUAACCACCAGCUCAACGUCCACCAGUGUCCCCAUUACGAUUGGGCCGCCGCAAAAGUCCGAGACGUUCUUUGAAUCUGCAGCUGGCAUCAUCGUGAUUGUGGUGGUCGUGCUGCUGCUGCUGUGCUGCUGCUGUUGCCUGUUCUACGUGUGGCGGCGGCGCAUGCCGGAGGAAGGCGACGAGGAGUCGGGCCACGGCAUGUUUGGUCGGUCCAUGACGUACGACGUGCGCGACCACAAGCCACAUCGCCUCGAGCACGACACGCGCAACGUGACGCUGGUUGGCAAACAGAAGCGCGGGUCACUGGCUGCGUCCCAGGCGCUCGACGAGGACAACUUCCUGCAGGUGUCGUCGUUCCCUGAGGUUGUGAGCCGCGAGGAGGACAUGACCAACGGGAAAGACGUGGAAACCAUCUCGCUUGACCUGCAGGAGUCUGUUGGCGUGGAGCAGGGCCAAGGCGAGGCGGAGGGCGGUGAGGACAUGUUUGAGACGUCGUUUGGAACAACACCGACAUCGCAGGCAGAGGGCCUGAGGGAGACGGAGGUGGUGCUGAGCGACGACGGCGCGCCCGGUGGCAAGGUGGAGGAGGUGGUGACACCCCCGCACCUGUCCACAUCCGCGUACCUCAACCCGCCCGUGGACGACACGGACAGCGUGCAGCGGGUGCCUGUUGAGGGCGGCAGCACGGGUCUGUAUGGCGAGACGGGCGCCCCUGCCACCACGUACCUGCGACCUCCGAGUGACUCUGAGGACGAAGCGACCGAAAUGCUUGGUGCUGGCCUGGCCAUGGCCAUGGCUGACAAGGGUCAGGGUGGUGGUGACGAAGACCGCCGCGCGUCGUUUGUGCCAAACCCGUUUGAUCCUGCCAACGAGAGCUCAUCCGAGGACUUUUACAGCGACGAGGAGGAGGGUGCAGGAGCAGGAGAACAAGACCAAGAGCGAGCGGCGCUGGGCCCAGAGGGCGAGCGUGAAGACACGCGUGCAGGACAACGCGACGAAGAACAACAAGAAGAAGAGGAGGCGGCGCCACCGCGGUCGGCACGAUCGUCCAAGGAAGCGUGGGGCGAGCCAGUGCAUGAGCCGCAAUACCUGGACGUGAGACCCGAACCGGAGCAGCCUGGCACGGACACUGGCGGUGCUGUUGAGCACGUGUCGCAGUAUCUCGACGUGAAACCGGGCGAACCCGGCGAUGGCGAUGGCGCUGGCCCGAGCGGCGAGCGUGAACAUGGCGGUGACGGUGAGGAGGAGGACGGCGAAGGUGGCUUGCAGUUCUUCGAUGAUGAUGAGGUUGAGUUUGUGCCGGACGAUGGGCAGGACGCGGCGUGGACAGAGAGCACGAUGAUGGAGGAGAAGGGGUCGUCGUCACACUCGCGCUCGCCCGAACCGGAGACGAAGGUGGACGAGGCGGAAGGCAGCGCUGAGACAUCGUUUGCAAUGACAGCAGCAACCACGGGCGACAACGAUGGCGAAGCUGAGGAUGAUGAUGCUGAUGAGAGCACGGACACCUUCCCCUCCGACUCACAGCAGCAGCAGCAGCAGCAGCAGCCGCGGUCUCGGCGUCCGCUGCCGCCGGCGCAAGAAGAGGAGCAGGAGGUGAAGAAAGACAUCCUUCCACUGACGGUGUACAAGCGGGUGGGCGAAGGCGUUGGGUUCAGCAUCUACGGAGGAACGGAGACGGGUGAGGCCGGCAUCUUUGUCUCGCGCGUGGAUGAGGAAGGUCCCGCUGCUGGCAUUGUGCGGCCGGAUGACGAGGUGCUGGCGGUUGGCUUGAACAAGAUGCGUGACCUGACCAGCACCGAGGCGGACUUGGUGAUGGAGGAGGCAAGCGGCUGCGAGACGGUGAAGCUUGUGGUUGCGCGCGUGCCUGACAAGAAGCCGAGCGCUGAUCCUCGGAGUACGCUGUCUGUUGGGCCGGGCAAGUUUAUGUUGUCGAAGCCGCUUCGCUCACGCCGCCGCUCCGCCAACCUCUCUGGCAUGGCCAACCCGUCCAACCCACACCAGCCCGACCACGUCUACGAUGAGACGUUUGACGUGUCGGAGUUUGCUUAG